GUGAACCACUGAGUGAAGGUGAAGUGGUUGAAAUCACCCGCGAAGGCCGUCAGGAUAAGGUAGAGAGAGAAAACACUGAGAAGACGAGAAUGGCCACUCUGCAAUUCACCUUCAUCGACUCAACCUCCUUGUUCAGGCCUUCUCUACAUUCUUCGCGAACCUUCCCUCGGAAUCGAAGCCUUCUCAUCAAAGCUUCUUCUUCUUCUUCUUCCGACGACAUUUCUCGGAGCAGGAGACGCUUCCUCGCCGAAACUGCCGCAAUAUCGGUUUCGCUUCCUCACUUUCCGGCAAGGGCCGAAGACACGCUUUCGGAGUGGGAGAGAGUGUACCUCCCUAUCGACCCCGGCGUCGUGCUUCUCGACAUCGCUUUUGUCCCUGACGACCCCAACCAUGGUUUUCUUCUCGGGACGAGGCAAACAAUUCUGGAGACGAAGGACGGAGGAAACACUUGGGCUCCGCGUUCGAUUCCCUCUGCCGAAGAUGAAGAUUUCAACUACCGCUUUAAUUCUAUCAGUUUCAAGGGGAAGGAAGGCUGGAUAGUUGGAAAACCUGCGAUUCUGUUGUACACUGCUGAUGCUGGAGAAAGCUGGGAGAGGAUACCUCUCAGCGCUGAACUUCCAGGGGAUAUGGUGUACAUAAAAGCGACUGGUGAGAAGAGUGCAGAGAUGGUCACUGACGAAGGUGCAAUAUACGUUACUGCUAACAGGGGUUACAACUGGAGAGCUGCUGUUCAGGAAACUGUGUCAGCUACUCUUAACAGAACAGUUUCUAGUGGUAUUAGUGGUGCAAGCUAUUACACUGGGACUUUCAAUACUGUCAAUCGCUCUCCAGAUGGAAGGUAUGUUGCAGUCUCAAGUCGGGGCAACUUCUACUUAACCUGGGAGCCUGGUCAGCCGUUCUGGCAGCCACAUAAUAGAGCAGUUGCCAGAAGAAUACAGAACAUGGGAUGGAGAGCUGAUGGUGGUCUUUGGCUUCUUGUUCGUGGAGGUGGUCUUUAUCUCAGCAAGGGCACAGGUUUAACUGAAGAAUUUGAGGAGGUUCCUGUUCAAAGCCGGGGUUUUGGCAUUCUUGAUGUCGGAUAUCGUUCAACGGAUGAGGCUUGGGCAGCAGGAGGAAGUGGUAUUCUUUUGAGAACUACUAAUGGUGGCCAGUCAUGGAUCCGUGACAAAGCUGCUGACAACAUUGCUGCAAAUUUAUACUCAGUGAAGUUCAUUGAUGACAAGAAGGGAUUUGUGUUGGGGAAUGAUGGAGUUUUGCUUCGCUACCUUGGAUAGAGUUGUAAUUCAUCAUGGUUUGUUGCCUCGAUUGCAAUUUUGUAGCAGAUUACAUAUCCAUGCUUAACAUUCAUUACUGUGGAGAAAGCUAUGGUAUCAAAUGGACUUCUUGCUGUUGUGCCAAAAAAAAGUGAGGAAGUAUAGGAACAAACUUUACUACUGUAAAGAGAGCUAUAUUAUGUCAAUGUAAAAUUGUAAUUGCCACAUAAUUAUUACAUUAAAAAAUCAAUUUUAUAAUGCA